GAAGACUCCUGUGCACAAGCACUCGACUCUGCCUCGCACAUGCACACAACCACUGAGCCGAGUAACAAUACAUUGCAGGCGCACAUCGUGUCUCCCGACCCAAGACUCUGAUUCCAUAACUGCCAGCGUCGCUACACAUCAGUCGGGUCGUGGCCCUUCACAACCAAGUGCAAGAUGGAUCGCCAGUCUGUCUACUCGGUGUCCGUCUUCCAAUCCAACAGUGGCCAGAACGAGGACACUCGGCUACAAGUCCAGGAGCAGCUGGUCAACUUUAUUCUUCAGUUCCGCCACGACAAUAUCUUCGUGUACAGAGACCAACUUCGCGAGAACGCCUUGCUACAGAAAUACUGCUGCGAUGUCAACGUUGGCGACCUCAUCAAGUAUAGCGAAGAACUUGCGCAUAGGCUGGUAACUGAGCCUGCAGAGAUCAUUCCCCUGUUCGAGACGGCGCUCAAGAAAUGCACGCAUCGCAUCCUGUUUCCUCACGACCCAAGCGCAGUCGUGCCCGAGCACCAACUGCUCCUGCACUCCACAGCCGAAGAUGUCUCGAUCCGUAAUCUCGAUUCCAUGACGAUUGCCCGUCUUGUUAGAGUUCCAGGAAUCGUGAUUGGCGCCUCAGUCAUGUCUUCGAAAGCGACGGAGCUUCACAUCCAGUGCCGAAACUGUUUGCACAAUGCAGUCGUCCCCGUUUUCGGCGGCUUCACCGGUGUGUCUCUGCCGCGACAAUGUGGUCGAGCACGCCCUGCAAACGACCCAUCCCCAAAGUGUCCUCUGGACCCCUAUUUCGUCAUGCACGAAAAGUCUCGAUUCGUCGAUCAGCAGAUUAUCAAGCUUCAGGAAGCCCCCGACCAGGUUCCCGUAGGAGAACUGCCUCGCCAUGUCCUCAUCUCCGCUGAUCGCUAUUUGACCAACCGAGUUGUCCCUGGUUCGCGGUGCACGAUCAUGGGAAUCUUCUCCAUCUAUCAGAAUAAAGCAUCCAAGAACUCUUCUACAGGAGGAGCCGUUGCGAUUCGCACACCAUAUCUUCGAGCCGUGGGCAUCCAUACGGAUGUCGAUACAGCAGCAAAGGGGACUCAGAACUAUACAGAAGAGGAAGAGCAAGAGUUCUUGGAGAUGAGCCGGCGGCCGGACCUCUACAACGUCAUGGCCGAAUGCAUAGCGCCAUCAAUUUACGGAAACAAAGACAUCAAAAAAGCCAUUUUGUGUUUGCUCCUCGGCGGCUCGAAGAAGAUCUUACCAGACGGCAUGAAGUUGAGAGGCGACAUCAAUGUUCUGUUGCUGGGUGAUCCAGGUACUGCCAAAUCUCAGCUUUUGAAGUUCGUUGAGAAGGCAGCUCCGAUAUCCAUCUACACAUCCGGCAAGGGCUCAUCUGCUGCCGGUCUGACAGCUUCGGUACAGAGAGAUCACUCUACCCGCGAAUUCUACCUGGAGGGUGGAGCCAUGGUUCUGGCCGAUGGCGGCGUCGUCUGCAUUGAUGAGUUCGACAAGAUGCGAGAUGAGGAUCGUGUGGCUAUCCACGAAGCAAUGGAACAGCAGACUAUUUCAAUCGCCAAGGCAGGAAUCACGACCAUCCUCAACGCAAGGACAUCGGUGCUUGCUGCCGCAAACCCGAUCUUCGGUCGCUAUGAUGAUAUGAAGACUCCUGGUGAGAACAUUGACUUUCAAACAACCAUUCUGUCCCGUUUCGACAUGAUCUUCAUCGUCAGGGAUGAGCAUUCGAGAGACAAGGACGAGCGUAUGGCGAAGCACGUCAUGGGUAUCCACAUGGGUGGUCGUGGUCUUGAAGAACAAGCCGAGGCAGAGAUCCCCGUUGAUAGGAUGCGAAGAUAUCUCAGCUACUGCAAGUCCCGCUGCGCACCUCGCCUGUCGCCAGAAGCGGCAGAGAAGCUGUCUUCACAUUUCGUUUCCAUCCGCAAGCAAGUCCAUGCUUCCGAGAUCGAGGCGAACACUCGGUCGAGCAUUCCCAUCACGGUCAGACAGCUCGAGGCAAUUGUACGAAUCACAGAGUCGCUAGCCAAGCUCACACUGAGUCCCAUCGCGACUGAAGAGCACGUGGAUGAAGCUAUCAGGUUGUUCCUGUGCAGUACCAUGGACGCCGUCAACCAAGGUGCCAACCAGGGCAGCCGGGAGCUUAACGACGAGGUCAAUCGAGUAGAAGCGGAGCUUAAGCGUCGUCUUCCCAUCGGAUGGAGCACGAGCCUUGCGUCCCUGAGGAGAGAAAUGGUAGAAGGCAAGGGCUACAGCGAGCAGAGCUUGAAUCGCGCGUUGAUGAUUCUGCAAAGACGAGACACCAUCAUGUUUAGGAACCAGGGUGCUCAGGUCUACCGCAACGGUGCAUGAUUCUCGGGACAGAGCAAAGAGCAAUGAUGGAAUGGUAUCUGCGUUUGCGUUUACAAUGUAUGGAGUUUGGACGGCCUUUGAGGGAGUGAGGGUUUUCGGAUUCAUGGGGCAGGUAGAACAUUGGUUUUAUAUUUAAAUCAAGCGCAUGUCACGCAUGGUUGUCUGACCAUCUCUCAUACCGCGGUCGUCGGGUCAGCGUCGCAUUCAUAGGCUUCUCUGGUGGCAAAUGAUCAAGUAAUGAUGAUGAUGCUGUGAAGCAAUAAAAACCGUCGCUGGACAGCUGUUCCAACAAGGGAGUUAGCUAG